UCAUUCACAAGCGAACGAACGAGGUUUGUCCAAGCAGGACACCGUACAUUUAGAGACAAAACAUGGCGGCGCUGGUGGCCCGAAGGUUGUCAGGGCUGCUGAGGCCUCUGUCCCGCUCCGUCGGAACCAGUCCUCUCCAGACCCGUCAGCUGUCCUUGUUCAGCCAGCGUCAGCCUCUCUUCGGAACCGCUGCGGCCGCUGUCUGCGCUCCUGUCCGCUACGCUGCGGCUCAGCCUCCCCGCUGCUCGCUGCUGCAUCGGGUAUCUGCACUGGUUCCCAGCCUGACCUGGCAACCCUGCAGAAACCUGACGUAUGUCAGCCUGAAGAAGGGGAAGAGGAAAACGGUGAAAGCGGCGACGGCGCGGUUUAUGCGGCUGCACUGUGGCCUUUGGAUCAGACGGAAGGCUGGGUACAAGAAGAAGCUGUGGAAGAAGCUGCCCGCCAGGCGAAAGCGUUUGAGGGAAAUCGUUUUCUGCAACAAGACUCAGAGCAAACUCCUGGAUAAAAUGACCUCUUCUUUCUGGAAGAGGAGAAACUGGUUCCUCAAUGAUCCGUACCAGAAGUACCACGACCGGGUCAAUCUCUGAGUGAAGCCGUCUGCUGAUCCUGUAUUUAACGUAAUGAUGUCAAACAUCCAUGCUGUCAUAAAAAUAAAGCUUCUUGUCAGAA